AUGGAAGCCUUCAAGUCUCAAAACAACCUGGCCCAAAGGGAGAAACCCGAUGGGGGGCCAGUUUCUGUCACUAUCCCAGCCUCUCCCUUCAUGCAGAAGCUUGGGUACGGCACCGGUGUCAAAGUCUACUUGAUGAAAAGAUCUCCCAGAGGUUUGUCUCGCUCCCCUUGGGCUGUGAAGAAAAUUGAUUCCAAAUGCAACAGGAGCCAGCAAAGCAUCUAUCAGCAGAGACUGAACGAAGAAGCCAAGAUCUUGAAAAACCUCCAGCACCCAAACAUCGUGGGUUACCGUGCGUUUACCGAGGCCAAUGAUGGAAGCAUGUGUCUGGCCAUGGAGUACGGAGGAGAAAAAUCUCUUGGUGACUUAAUUGAAGAAAGAAAUGCAAAACGGUUGGGCCCUUUCCCUGCUGCCACGAUUUUCAAAGUUGCCUUGAGCAUGGCGAGGGGGUUGAAGUACCUUCACAACGAUAAGAAGCUGCUCCACGGAGAUAUCAAGUCUUCAAACGUGGUCGUUAAAGGUGCCUUUGAAGCCGUCAAGAUCUGUGAUGUGGGAAUGUCCCUGCCCCUGGAUGAGAACAUGACCGUGAGCGACCCGGACAUGUACUACGUCGGCACCGAGCCCUGGAAGCCCAAGGAGGCUCUGCAGGAUGACGGCGUGAUCACCGACAAAGCCGACAUCUUCGCUUUUGGGCUGACUCUCUGGGAAAUGAUGACCCUCUCCGUGCCCCACCUCAACCUGGGCGAUGACCCUGAUGACGAAGAUGAGUCUUUUGAUGAAGACUCCUUUGACGAGGAAGCAUAUUACGCAGCCCUGGGAACCCGCCCGGCCCUCAACAUGGAGGAACUGGGCCCAUCCUACCAGUGUGUGAUCGACCUCUUUUCUGUCUGCACCAGCGAGGACCCCAAGAAGCGUCCCUCGGCCGCGUGCAUCGUUGAAGCCUUGGAGGCAAGUCUGUCUCAGCAGUAA